AUGCGGAACCAUUUUGACUACUUGAAAGGAAAAUAUGGUGCUUGGUUGAAAUUAAAAAACAAAACCGGCAACGUUUAUGACCCUUCAACAAACACGUUUAACUUGACCCCCGAGGAAUGGGACUUGGAGAUAGAGACCAAUAGGUAUGUCGAAUCAUUGAGGACUACAAGUCUUCCAUAUCCCGACCUGUGUGCUCGAUUAUUUGAGGGUGGUAUGUCCACGGGUAUUGGAGGCCAUGGAUCGUCGUCAAAAGACCCUUUGCCAACUACCGAGCCUUUUGUUGUCAUUGAGGAAGAGAUCAACAUCUCAAGUGAUCAAGCUCCUGUGUCUUCAACACCCGUUUCAUCCCGUGCUCCGGUUCAGAAACAGAAGCGUAAAAAGACUAUGGCAACGACUUCGGAGCUUGAUGAAAAGCUUAUACAAAUUUUAGAUACUAUGGCAUCGAAAUAUGGGAACCCUGAACUUUUUAGUUAUGAGUCAUGCCUAAAAAAAUUGAACGAGCUUGGGUGGGCAAAAGAUGAUCUGUUGUACCGUAUUGCCUUUUCACUUCUUACGGACAACCGUAACAGAGAAGCUUGGAUGACAAUACCGUCUGAAAUUGCAAGAGAAUGGGUGAGGACAGUUGGGGCAAAGCAAGGAUAUCAGUAA